UGGGAAGGAAGCAGAUUCCCUCCCCACCCCUUUCCUCCGCUUCCUUCCAGGCACCCACCCAGCAGCCAAAGAAGAGAGGGAGCGGCGACGAAGCUCAGCAUCAUGGCCAGCCUCACGGUCUACAGCACCUCGGUGACAGGCUCCAGAGAGAUCAAAUCUCAGCAGAGCGAAGUGACCAGGAUCCUGGAUGGAAAGAACAUCAAAUACACCCUGGUGGAUAUCUCCCAGGAUAAUGCCCUGCGGGACGAAAUGAGGACCAAAUCGGGCAACCCAAAAGCCAUCCCUCCCCAGAUUUUCAAUGGGGACCAUUACUGUGGGGACUAUGAACUCUUUGUGGAAGCAGUGGAACAGAAGACCCUGCAGGAGUUCCUCAAGCUAGCCUGAGCAUGCUUUAUUCCUUGACCUUUGACCCUCUGCCCUACCCCAAACCUAGACUUUGCAUUCCAAAUGGAUCACUUCCCAACCUCCCAUGUCCUUGUCAGCCCUAGCCUGGCCCUGUGUGACCAGACUCCUCUCCAGCUCCCUUUGAUUGCCUGCUUCCCUCUCAGCAUGGUCAAAAAGAAAAACACUUUGCACAUUCCUUUGAAUGCUGCUGGGCCUUGCUCCUCGUGCCUCUGUGGAUGAGAAAUCUACCGGUCAAGGACAUCGGAAAGCAGAGCUUUCCCCAAACCUCCUCCCCCCACCCCUUGUGCCGAGCCUGCCCUUGAGAAAAGAACAAGGGGAGGUGUUGCCUCUUGUCUUAUAACCAGUUGCAAAUGCUGGCUUCCACCCUUCCUCUUUCAUUCCUACCCAGGAAAUGAGAGCAGCAGCCGUCUGCUAUAAUUAAUAUUACUUUGUUAUAUACCAAUGCAAAAGUACUGCACAAGAUGCGCUGAAAUUUCGUUUUCUGACAGAGAGGUGGGGUAGGGUUGUACGUGUGUCUUAAAAAUUACUUCAGUGCAGCUCAUACUCUCCUAGGAAAAGCGGUUUCCAAGAGGAUGGUGAGAGCAGAUCUUGUAUUCCAUUAGUGUGUUCCCACCCAAACUCAUAUGGGAAGUAUAUAGAAUGCUAGGUCUGGUCUUGCAUCAGCUGUUUCACACUUUUUCUUUUUUCUUUUUUUAAAAAACAAAAACAAACUGGCUUUUUACAAACAUGGACCAAGUGCAUUUUCAGGUUUUUUUCCUUGCUAAAAGCAAAAUUUGUAAAAAUGGCCAUCUCAUUUGAGAUGCUAUUAAAUGUUGCUAAAAACCUCAA